AUGAGUUCCUUAACUGUCCUUGACCUUUCCCGAAACAAUAUAGGUGGUAUCAUUCCACUGAGAUUGGGUAAUUGUGUAGCCCUUGAGGCACUUGAUUCGAGCAAGAACAGGUUAUCAGGAGGAAUACCCAGGUCUUUGGGUCUGCUACGUCGACUCCAAACAAUGCAAUUGAGCAACAAUAGCCUAUCGGGAGAAGUCCCUUCAUCACUGAAGAAAUGUACUAGUUUGGAGACUCUCAACCUUGGACAGAACAAUUUCUCGGGUCAUAUUCCCACUUGGAUUGGCAAAAGUUUUCCAGCUUCAAGGAUUUUGAGUUUACGAGCCAAUAUGUUUACUGGUAACAUCCCGCCACAAUUAUUAAACCUAACUUCUCUUCAGGUCCUUGAUGUGGGACAAAAUUGUUUAUCUGGUUUAAUUCCCCAAAGAUUUGAAAAUCUCAUUGCAAUGAAAAAUGAGCGGAAGAUCAGCCGCUUUUUUUACGAUGGAAAGUCAGGAUUAUAUUACAAGGAAAACUUACUUGUGUUUGUGAAGGGGCAGAUGCUUGAAUACACUCGAACAAUUUCACUGGUUACAUGCAUGGACCUUUCAAGCAAUAACUUAUCUGGAGAGAUUCCUGAAGGACUCACAAGUCUUUUGGGACUGCGUAUCUUAAACUUAUCUAGAAACCAUUUGACUGGAAAGAUUCCAGACAAGAUUAGUAAAUUGGCAUUGCUGGAGUCUCUAGAUUUCUCCAAAAAUCAGCUUUCAGGUACAAUUCCUCAGAGCAUGUCAAAUUUAACUUUUCUAAGUCACUUGAACUUGUCUAAUAACGACUUGUUUGGGAGAAUUCCAUCUGGAAAUCAGCUCCAGACACUUGAAGAUCCAUCUAUUUAUAUCGGCAACAGUGGACUCUGUGGACCUCCUCUUACAGAUAAGUGUUUCAAUGAUGAGACAUCUCAAUGUCCAAUGCCUGCCAGGGGUGACAUAGAAAAGGAUGAAGAGGAGUAUGAAAUGCUUUGGUUUUACUCUUCCACGGGACUCGGAUUUGUCACAGGGUUUUGGGCCUUCUGCGGCGUUUUAAUUCUCAAGAAGUCUUGGAGGAUUGUGUAUUACCACUACUUUGAUGAUGUGAAAGAUAGACUUUAUUAUAACUGGUGCCACUUUACAGGAUGUUGGAUUGAAGAAGUUUCAAAGAAAUUCAGGUCAUGA